CCGGUUUCUUCUUCUUCUUGACUUCCGCUUGCCAGUAAACAGAUGACCGGUUGAAUCGUUCGGGUGGUGUUUUGCGUUGUUUUUGUGAGGACAACGACUUCGCCAAUGGUACUUUUUAACCCGUCGGGGCAAAAUAUUUGAGGAGGUUUUUAAAAGGUGACAUUGCAAUAGUCUGAACAUAACUUUGACCAUGGGGAAGAGGUACUACUGUGACUACUGUGACCGGUCCUUUCAGGACAACAUGCAUAACAGGAAAAAGCAUCUAAAUGGUGUUCAGCAUCACAGAGCUAAAAAGGCCUGGUAUGACAAUUUCAGAGACUCUGCAGCUAUUCUGAAUGAUGAGCAAGAAAAGAAGCCCUGCAGGAAGUUUCUCCAAAAAGGAAUUUGUGAUUUUGGGUCUAACUGCAGAUUUUCUCAUAUGACAGAAGAGGACUUGUUUAACUUAAAAAGACAGGUGGAAGAUGAACGACAACACAGAGAGGACUCUGAGGACAGAAUUAUGCCUGGGCGAAGUAUAGAAGAGUGGCUCUCGAGAAGGGAAAAGAAGAGAGCUGCCCUUAGCAGCAAAGGAGAUCUAAAAACCGAGGAAGACAGUGAUGAGGGUCAAGCAGAAAAUGACACACUUCAGCAGCUCCUCUCCGUUCCUGACUUACCGCCCUCACUUUUACCCCCACCUGGAAGCGGGUGGAAAGUCAACAUGAACACUGAAUGGGGUUGAGUGACAUUCACUAUGGGGAUUCAGAUCACUGUCAAGUGGAUAUUUAACAUUAGUAGAAGGAGGAAUGGUUUAGAAAACUAUUAUUAUUUUUGUAUUUUAGGGUUUGUCAAUUUGAAAGGAGGAUUUCACUUGUUUUUUGCUGCUAUUUUUCAUUUGAAUAAUAAAAG